CGAUCAUCUCCUGCCAAGCUGAAACCAACCACUCGUCUAACCGCCCCCAUCUACCCUGACUAUCCACUCACAUGCUCUGCCACUUUUCGUCUAGACUCGCCAUGUCGACACCUCCUAUUGCUGAUCUGACUCGACUUGUCCAUCCAUGUCUCUAUGGGGACAUUUCUUGUCUUUGAUCUUGGUCAUGCCCAUCCCGGUAAACGGGGUCUGCGUCUCCGGCCACCAUCCGGCCACCAUCCGACCAACGGCUCCACGUGUCAGUCGCUCCACCAGAGUCCUUGCACGCCUUUUCUUAGCAUCCAAGCCUCACACAAGCUGCCUUCACCACUCAAAGAGUCAUGCUCUGCUUGGUCUUGUCGUUUUGCAUGACGGCGGUCAAGUCGACCGCCACUGCAUCCGCGCAACCACUUGGCAAGACGACGCUUCAUCUCUCCAAAUACCUCCUGCAUUGUUGUCGUGCGUUUCUGCCCGCGACCACCGCCACUUCGAGUUGAUCAUGUUCGCUACCGCGCGUUCGACUUCCGAUUGGGUGUCAUCACAGCCGAAGCGCAAGCUAAUUAUCCCCCCUCAGCUCAUAUUUUCACUUGUGCACUGGCAUUUACAUCCUAAAGUCAAUUGCCAAUGAACAGCUCUAGGCUGAGGCAAGAACGUAUGAACAUGCAAUGUCAUUGAGGCCGCGAGAGGUAAGCCGGCUGCCAUAAAACCAAUCACUGGUUCUUAAGACGACGAGAGUCUUGUUAGAUGCUAAACUUCCUGACCAUUGAACCCUCUGUUCAUGGUAACGCGCAAUGACGUCAAUAAUAUUGAUGAGCUCAUACAGCUGCGAAUGGACGAUCAGGUAG